AAAUUUAGACCAAGGGUAAGCUUUAUUUUCACUAGCUAGCAACAAAGUACUAAUAAUUAGGGGUGGCACAAUUGUUCGUUAAUUGUCUCUACUUAACUCGUAAAAUCGUGUACUUGGUUAGAGUCUGACCAAAUAUAGUAUCAAGUAAUCUAUUUAAAUUAUUUACAAAUACAAAACAAAUGUAAGUAUUAAUUGGUGUAGUUUGACUUGUUAUUCGCUUUGUUAAUGAUCAAAAACACAUUUUCUAAAUCAUAAUAAAAUAAUUCAUUUAUAUUUUCAAUAUUUUCAUAAGUGAAUCAAACAUAGGUGAUAUAUUUAUAUAAGCAUGUUGGAAUUUUUUCUCUCUUAUAUAUUCUAUUAUCCAAAUUUACUAUAACAUAAAAACAAUGAAAUAUUCUUUAUCUAUAAUAAAGUUAUUUAUCUUUGAACUCUAACAAAUUAUCAAAUAAUUUACCAAUAAUUUUAAGUAACUCACAAGUAAUUUAUAAGUAACAAAUAGUAAAACAAGUAACUUGAAAAUCCGUCGUCUUUUAGCAAAUAACUAAAAUUGUAAAUACUCGUUUUUAAUAAAUCAAAUGCAAAUCUAAAAUUUUACUAUUCGUAUAAGCCAAACCGAAUAUUAAAUAUACCAAAAAUAACAAGUACUCGAUUUGUACCCACCUCUACUAAUAAGAUUAUCAAAUAAUUUUAGAAAAUCUCUUACAAGCAGACGCAAUCUACUCAUUAGGACUUUAUUUCUCUUAGUUGUUCAUAAUUUUUACUCCCAAGUAGAAGUGUAGAACAUAGAAAGUUAAAGUUGUCUACGACCAAAAAAGCUAAUAAUCUCACAAGUUUAUUUUACCUAAUUUUCUCUCAUGGCAAAGAAGAAGCAAAUCUAGUAUGUAGUCAAACAGGUUAAGAAUAGCAUCAUCCUCCUAUAACACUGAAAGAUGCUACUUUGACUAGCUAGCUUAUUGGUUGUUAUUUCAUUUUAAAAUAUUUUUGGGCCAAUAAUUUUUAAUACCAUUACACAGAAAAUACCAAGUUAUAUAAUUAUAUUGGUACAUAUUAGUUAAUGUUGACCAGUGACAUUUAAGAAAAUAUGACUAGUAAAACAGAGAUAACUUCUAAAAUGGAUUGAAAUUUGAAAGUGGUAUAUAUUACGUAAGAAUGAGUGUAAAUACAGAUUGCAAAAAUUAUUUCCAUACAUCACAGGAAGACAAAAUGAGUAAAAUCAACACAAAGAAAGAAAUAACCAUAUCUUCUUGGAUAUGGAUUGAAAAUGUAGCUCUGACUUUAAUUAAUUUUACACAAUGGAGAUUUUAUACCGUAAGUGUUAACGAGAGAUGAGGUUGUCUUCUCAAUAAAUAGCGUCCUCACGUCUCUGAAUCUAGCACACAGAGAUAAAAUAUCACUUGUCAGUCUAAACAAACAAAAGAAAAAUAUAUUGAUAUGGAGAACCAAGUUAUGUCUGCUGCAAGCUCUUCCGUGGCUCAACUCGAAAAAUGCAAUGACAUUAACGUGGCUGUGGAGGAGUCCAAGGAGACGGCAACGGAGAACAACAAUCCGGGACUAGGGUCUGAUUCUCAGGAAGUUGUGUCUGAAAGGAGGAGUGAGAACCCUAGUCUCGGAUCUGGUGCUGUCCCAACAGGAAACGGCUACAUUUGUCGCUUUUGCAAUAAGUGGUGGCCAACCUCUCAAAGCCUAGGUGGUCACAUGAACUCGCACACGAGGGAGCUACAGUGGGAAAGGAAGCAGAAGGAGAUGGAACAGUUCCAUCGUCAGUGGACAUUAAGUCAAUAUUCACAAGGUGCUUUAUCAAAUGAUAAUAAUCUUGGGAACACUUCUGAACCUUUCAAACGCCUUUAUCCAUCUUUCAAUAGCGGACUCAUGGACAUGAAUAUGACCGUAGUUCCUCGCAUGGCUCCUACUGGCUUCUUCUCAGGGAACACUUUCACUAACGGUUCUUUUUCAGGGGGACUUGAGCCAAUACCCUCCUACAACAACUAUCCCCCGAUGCUCCCUAGAAACGUUCCUCCUUUUCCUCCACAUAGGACUACCAAUCUUCCUAGCUAUUGGUAUCCGCACGAGAAUGUAUUGAACGAGGAGGAUGUCAUCUUAAAGCUAGGAAAUGACAAUAUUGUGGAGAUUGAUGAUGAUGAUGAUGAUGCUGAUGCUGAUGCUGAUGCUGUUGAUCAGCCAGAAGAAGGGACAUCUAAGAGCUGGGGCGCUGAUCUAUCCCUUUAAGUAUUGUUUAGUUUUCAUUUUGAGGUAUCAUAUCUAUUAGAGACCUCUCUUUAUCAUAUCUAUCUAUGAAUGUUGUUUUUCUCAUUUUUUUUUUAAAUUUUAUUGUAUUCCCUUUUUCAAUAUUCCUUUCGAGUAGCAUCUCUUCUUCUUUGUUGAUUUGCUUUUUAAUCAAUUUAUGAUUCCUAUUUUCUGCCAUCUAUAUAUCAGGAGUCUUUUUAUCAUUUCGGCAGUUGUCAAAAU